AUGGAAAAGGCUAUAAUAGACUUUGCAGAACAAAACAAACUAUUUAUGGCGAGUCAAAUGAUGAUACAAGAAAGGCUAGAAAGACAACAGAAAUGGAAGAAAGGCUCUGAUUAUGAGAGGUUUAUCAAGUUAACACCCCCAGAAUUUUCAGGUACUACCAAACCAGAAGAAGCAGAGGGGUGGGUAAGAAGAAUGGAAUCGAUAUUUGCAGUGAUGGGUGCAGCAGAAGACCGGAAGGUGAACUUAGCUACAUUUAUGUUCAAAAAUGAAGCUAGUUAUUGGUGGGACACGACAAAACAUUUGUUGCUCACUCCAGGAGAGAAAGAGGUGAUAUUCUGGAAUCCAUUUGUUAAAGCUUUUUAUGAGAAAUAUUUCCCUCCAAUUUACCGAAAAGAGAAGGAACGGGAGUUUAUUCUCCGAAAACAAGAUAGAAUGUCUAUGGUUGAUUAUGAAGUUAAGUUUACAGCUUUAUCGAGGUUCGCACCCAAGUUUGUACAGAAUGAAGAAGAUAAAUGUACAAAAUUCCAGGAUGGUUUAGAGGCGGCUAUUAAGUCUAGAGUUUCAGUGUUUGAGGAAACAUAUUAUAACAGACUUGUGAAUAAAGCCAUGAUUGCCGAAAGGGAUGUGAAAGAAUUGCAAGAAAGAAGGAAACAAUACAAAAGAAAUAGAUCUGAGCCGUCACAGUCAAGAGGAGGUGAAGGAAUUGCAGGUUAUAAAAGUCAAAGGUCGCGGUAUGGAAGGGGAAGGGGUGGUGAAUCUCAAGGCCAGACAUCAAGUAUUGGAAGAGGUCAAGGGCUUUCCGAACAACAAUCUGUACAACAAGGUAGUUUUGGAGGACGUGGUACUGGCAGGGGGUGUUUUCAGUGCGGAAGGGAAGGUCACCAGAAGAAGGAUUGUCCUAUCUUGAAAGCAGAAGAGUGCUAUCAUUGCCAUCAGCCGGGUCAUCGGAAGAGAGAUUGUCCUAUGUUGACAGGAAUGACAUCAGUGGGCAGUGUUGCUGGUUCUGGUAGAGGUUUUGCAUAG